CUUGUACUGUAAUUGUACGUGUAUCGAAUUUUCAGGGAUUUGCUAGAACCAGUCGCACCGGUACCUGUACGCAAGGAACACAAUGUCGACUGCUCUAUCGAUCUGUUUCCUGGCCUGCCUCUUUGUCUUCUAUCCAGGUGCGGAAGGCCUGGAGGUAUGUUAUAAAGACCUCGGCUGCUUCUCCAACGCUCGGCCUUUCUUUAGUGCACAGCGCCCCCUAUCGCUUCUACCUCAAAGUCCAGCCAACGUGGGUACGACUUUCGGACUCUUCACACGAGAAAACCCCACAACGCAGGAACGGAAGAAGCUAUUGGCCGAAAGGGACGAUCUUCUGGAAGAGUCCACUUUUAACGGAGGGAGGAAGACAAAGUUCAUCAUACACGGUUUCCAGAACAAUGGACACCGACCGUGGGUCUACAACUUGACAGACGAACUACUUAAAGAGGGUGACUAUAACGUGAUCGUUGUAGACUGGAAGGACGGAGCCGGCCUGCCCUACACACAGGCGGCCGCCAACACCCGGGUAGUGGCCGCCGAGACAGCGAGACUUAUCCGCUACCUCAACAACCGGACCGCAGCGGACUGGACAGAGAUGCACAUAAUCGGGCACAGUCUGGGCGCCCACACCGCGGGGUACGUGGGGCAUGGACUGGGCGGGCAGCUGGGCAGGAUCUCAGGCCUGGAUCCCGCUGAGCCGUUGUUUGAACACACGGACCCGCUGGUGAGAAUCGACCCUACAGACGCAGCUUUCGUGGACAUCAUCCACACUGAUGGCUCCAGUAUUCUCACUCUAGGCCUUGGGCUUGACCAGCCGGUGGGUGACGUAGACUUUUACCCAGAAGGCGGUGCGCGGCAGCCAGGCUGUGGUGCGGAGAGCAUCAUUUCUAAGAUCGGAGUGAUCGCAGAGGGACUAGUGACAGACGGGGUUAAAGCGGCCAAGAACGCCUUCAGCUGCAGCCACACCAGAGCCAUAGAACUGUUUACCGAGUCCAUCAACUCUCCAUGUGAGUUCACGGCGUACCCGUGCUCCAGCUGGGAUGACUACGAGGCGGGAGAGUGUACUGACUGUGACGGCAGUUGUUCUGUGAUGGGAUUCCAUGCGGACAAACAUGGCGGCGCUGGACUACUGUACCUCAACACCAACGACAAAGACCCCUUCUGCCUAACAGACGUGGCCCUGAGGAACCGGAGCAGGUACUGUGUACAGUCUCUUACACGUCAGAACCAGACUGUGAUAGAACGAUGCGUCAACACGAUGGAAUCAGUCUUCCUCAACUUCUCCACUAACAUGAAGGACAACGUUGCAGAAGAAAUCUUCUGUAGUGAGUACGAACUGUUCCUGAAAUGCGUCACGGCAGUGUUGGACACAGUCCAGCCUUGUAAAGACACAGCCGUGAAAACCGUCAUAGGUUCAGCCUACACGAACUACUCUCUCACGGCAAACUACGAGUGCGACGAUCGGCACAAGAGUUACCGGGGCGGGCAACCCUCCGUUCUGGGACAGACGUACCUCAGCAUGUGGAUAAACAUGGCUGCUGUCGUACUGUGCUUCUUCUUGGUCACCAGACAGAGUCGUUAGAUGAUUCUUUUGCAAAUAUAGUCUGUUCACGUUGUUGUGCCUAGUCUGAAACUGACACGUUUUUUUUUAAAUUGAAAGUUUGACUCAAGCAUUCGUUAUUCUUAUUUUUUGUCACUUCAGUUAUGUUGGUUCCUCUGCAUACAACUUAACCAUUAAUAAUUCUUACAUAAUUUAUAUGGGGUUAAGAGACUACGUUCGGACAGUAGAAUAACUGCACUGUAUGAUAGUAGAAAAAGGAAUUUUGCGCACACAAUAAACACAGUGAUAUUGUACCAGUGCCUUACAUUUUUAUUCAUAUUUGUGUUUUGGUGCCACCUCCAAAUACGUUUUAAUAUGUAUACAAAAUGGCUUUAAAUGGACCCUUAGUUUUAUACCGUUUCAUAUG